GACUAGUCCAAAUGCCCUGGGGUAACCACAGUGAUUAUAUGUCCUAAGACCACCUGGACAGUGUUCAUUCUUUGGCCAUCAGGUCCUCAAGUCAGACUUGGAGGAGCUCAGUGGAGCAAGCCAAUAGCAGAGGCUGCCCAAGGCCACCAGGCUCAAGACUUCAGGUGCUAGCAGAGCCCUGGACCAGGUCCUGUCUCUCAGUUUCCUGCCCCAAAGCCAUAGCCUGGAGGUCACCUCUGCGCUGCCUUCCAGCACGCAGAAGUCUUUCUUCAUCUACCAAAGACUGCUUCGCUGCAGCAGCUGCAGAGUGCACUGAUAUCCUGGUGGCCCUCAGAAGUUCACUGUGUGCCCAGCACUAACCCAGAGCCAGAGAGUAAAGAGACAGCUGGAGAACUCAGGUGGGAGAGGCCGAAGCACAAAGGGAUGGAAAGGUGACAACAAAGGAUCGAGGGGCGUGUAGGCAGUCAAGACAGAAACAUUCCAGGUCCUGUCUUCCAAAGAAUCAUUGGUUCCAUUUUGGCUAUGCUUGACGAUGGCUCCUGCCAGCUCCUCAAAAAGAUCCUCUCCCCGUAGGAAGAUCAGUUGCCCAUUGCCCAGGAAGGAGCAGGAGCUGGAGCUUAAUAACUUGGAUGUGGGGCUCUUGGGGGAGUACUUGAAUAUCAACCCAUCCUGGGAGGACAUGGUGGUCAAUAAGAUCAAGAACAUGAUGGUCAUGGAGCAGGGCCAAGUACUGGACACCAUCUGCCACUUCCUAGAGAAGGAAAACCAGCUCUGGGAAAAGCCAGAGGUCUCAUUCUGGAAUCCCUCUGUUCAAAAGCUCCUAGAGUUUCUCAACCUGGACCCCAGGAAGGCUACUGAUAAGGCCUUCUUCUUCCACCUCUACGGCAUAAUCCUGCGUGAGUGCCCCAGUGUGGAGAAGGUGCAGUGCCACCUGGCCAGCCUCCUGGAUUUGUCCCAUCAGCACUCCAGACAGCGGGAGGGCAUUGCACUGGCUGUGGGCCUGGCCUCCACUAGGCACUUGGAGGAGGUGUGGGCCCUGUUGGAGCACCUGGGCCGUACCAAGUUUCUGCAAUCAGUUGCUGCGACCGAGGACAGCCAGCCAUCAGACAACCUUCGAUGGAAAUGGGUCAGCAGCACCUCCCUGUUGUGCUAUGGUCAGAUAGCCAAGCAUACCAAGGAGCAGAUCCUGCCCUGGGUGGACAACAUCGCCUCGAGGAUGGUGUACUACUUCUCCUGCGGCCCCUGUGAUGAGAUCCUGAAGUCCAGCUUCCUCUCUGCGACCAUCCUGCUCACCAGAUCGCUCCAGGCAGAGUACAGCUCCCAGAGGUACAAGUUCACACAGAUACCAGAGCUCAUCCAGUGCCUCUUGGGCAUCCUCCAGAAAGAGCCCAACUCCCUGACCAAUUUCUUACGGCAGAAGAUCAUACUGGUCAUCAUAGGCCUGAGUAACCUGCGGCCCAGAUUCAAACCCCUUCUCAAGUCCCAGAUCCUGAAGACCUGUCUGCAGAGUGUGAUUAUGCUUCCUCCUGCCAAGGACUCGAGGAAUGACUUAUUUUCAGUGGAGCAAGCCUCAGAUACCACGGUGCUGUACAAGAAGACAGUACGUGCCCUCGACCUUCUUCUCCAGAACUUCAUCUCCGAGAACCCAAGCAUGGACGAGGUCUGCUUCCUCCUGCAGCACAUAGAAUACUGGCUGAUGUCUGACAAGAUCCAUGAGCGCAGUCGGGCCGUCCAGUCCAUCUACCUGCUUCUGCAAUACGUGGUGGACUCUUUGAAGCUUGCUAAAGAGGCCGUGCCGUCCAUGCUGGGUCACCAAAUAGGCAUCCUGAUUCUGCUGUGGCGGGACAAAGACAAGAUCACACAGCAGCAUUCUCACUUCUGUGUUUACCUGCUCAUGGAGCUUGUUUUUCAGCAGAAGGGGAAAUUGGUGGAGUCUGCGCAGUGGAGUAAGAUGAAGCACUUUGAAAGCAACGUGUUUAGAGAGUGGGAGAUGAAGCUCUACCACCUGGUGAAGGUCUUCAAGGAAGACCUGACAGUGGCACAGCACACACAACUGAUCCUCACGCUGGUGCACAGUCUAGGCAGUUAUAAUCAUCUCCACUGUGACCUUGCUGCCAAGCUCCUGCUGCUGAUCUGUGUGGAGCCUGGCUUCAGGAAGGAACAAAUAGCUGAGCUCUUGCAAGGCCUGUUCCAGGAACUGCCGAACAUCCAGUCCAAGAGUGUCCAGCAGGCCAUAAGUCAGGCCACCUUGGCUCUGGGGACCCAGCAUAUUCAGGAGGUGGUGGAGGUGAUCUUAUCCCUAUGUCAGCCCUCAGAGAGGUGGAUCCUACCUCUGUGGAAGGCUCUGGCUGCCAAUUACCAAGUGGCCCGUGAUGUUAUAACUCUACUCUACAUAAAGCUGAAACUGCGCCCACCAAGGAGGCUCCUCCAGUCCACAUAUCGAGCCCGGCUGGUCUCGCUGAUGGCUCUGGGCACCAUUUAUGAGCUCCUCUAUACCAAGGAGUACAGGAACACAGUCUGCUGGGCCUUCUCAGGCAUCCUUCUGGGCCUCCUCACAGAGCUCUACUACCUGCUGGAGGUGGGCCUAGUGCAAGGCAUGUUUGACUACCAGGAAGAUGAUCUGGGCUCUAAGCCCAUCGGGCCCUGCAGGAUCUGCAUGGAAGCACUCAAGGGCCUCUUCUGGACCACUGAAUACUGGGAAGUGUUUGCUGAUGUGAAGCUGAUUCAGGGCUGGGAGCUCUUCGGGCAGUUGGAAACUUUCCCAAAGGGAGUGACCCUUUUGGCCAGGGCCAUGGCUCACUAUAACUGCGAGAUCAAGGCUGUCUUGGGGCAGGCUCUCAUCUCCCUGAAGAGCAGCGAAGAGCGAGACAACAUUGUGGGCAUCUGCAUCAUCACUGAGUUUCUCAACAGCCCAGAUGUCUCCCAGCACAUGUCUUGGAAGACCAUGUACAACUCCCUGAACCUGGGCCUUUCUAGUCGCAACCAGAUGGUGCGGGCUAUGAGCCUGAAGGGACUGGGCAGCACCCUGAUGCACCCUAAAAAGGCAACUCUGCUAAGAAUUAAGUUGAUGGAGCUGUUGAACAACUUUCUACAACCUGAGUUCAAGGACCCUGCUGGCUUGAUGAAGAUCAUGGGCCACCUCCUGCACUGUCUAAGUGCCCAGGGCAUUGGAAUUGUCAGCCUCAGGAUCGCCCAGCACCUUCUCAGCCUGUUCACAGAUGAAAGGGCAGCGGUUCGGGAAGGUGCCAUCUUCCUGUUUGGAGAUGUCAUCCACUAUGGUGGCAAGAAGCUUAGGCAGAGCCUCAAGGAUGUGGCUUCUCAGGCUACAGUACCCCUCCUCUUCAAUAUGGCUGACCCCUGCCAAGAAGUAGCUACGAAGGCCAGGUUCACGUUCCUGCGCUGUGCCAUCUUGUUAAAGUGGGAGUUCCGGAAGGAGCUGUUUGGCAAGCUGGCAUGGGGCCAAGGGCUGGGCGCUGCAAAUGACAUUUUUAUCUACAUGCUAGAAAGCAAUGUCGGCAACUACCAGCAGUUUCUCAGUCAGGCCUUGAAGUAUCUGGACAGUUCCCACAUGACAGUGAAGCUGGCAGCCAUGAAGUUCAUCGGGGCAUUGCUUCAGGACUAUUUCAAUGACCUAUGCAUAUACUUGAGAAAGAAAGAUGUGAUCUUCCUUAAGAACUGUUUGGAGGCCCUCCGCCAUGACUCGGACUCCAGGACCCGAAGGUUCUACCUAAACUAUUGGAAUGAUGCCGUGGAGCUAUCUUAUUAUGUUCAAGACUAGCUGCACCUGCGAUUGUUCUUAUUUUUGUCUUUGUUGAGUCCUAUCUUUAUUAAAUGCCUCAGAGUAUCUCUGGCCUC